CGUAAAACGUAAACAGACUUUUCAGAAACAAGAAAAACGUCAAUGUUCACGGACUGCCUUCAUAAAAUUUGAGCGACAAAUCAUACUUUCGGAAGCGAAAUUCCACUGAUAUUUGCAGCACAAGGUCUUCACUAGUCUAGACCGUGAGAUAAACAUGCCGCAGGACGUGAGUGGACGAAUUCCUAUGCCGACGCUGGACCCCAGCACGGGGGAAAAACUCAACGUGAGAUUGAGAAUGGUCGGCAAGCGAGGAACUAACAUAAGUCAACGUGUUGCAGUCCUCGACCGCCCAACGAAACCCCAGCUGAAAUUGGACGAAAACGUCCAGAGUUUCCUGCCAUCGCUGAAACCGAAGGCCAAAGCCAAGGGGCUCAUCGUCACAUCCCGUACGCCUUCCCCAAGCACAGCCGUGCUAGUCCCACAUCCACCGGCCAUGCACACCCGCAGCAAGGGUAUGGAUGACGCCUCGAGCCAUGCCGGCUACAACCUCCGCCUGCGUCGGGUCUCCGUGAGGGGCAAGCCGGAGAAUCUGCCAUCGAUUUUCGAAACUGCCGACGAACCGUCUGGCCGUCACCCCUCCUUCAAAGCCAAGAAGGAGAGGCUGAAGUCUUCCAGGCACCGCGGGGCAGCAGCCAGAGAGAAGAAGACAAAGCAGAGAGGCCAGGCUGCCAACAAGCUGCCCGACAUCAACGGUCACAACAAAGGGCAGAGGCCGACUGCACCAAAGAUGGACGCCUGGGCUCCUGUCAGUGAACAAUACCGUGAAUUAACUAAGAUUGACAAUGACUUACUGUGGUACGCUGACACUGCUGCCGAUCACAACAAGGACCGUCUGGAGCUCCCUGCCAUAAAGGGGGCGGAGACCAUCCUCCCCCAGCAGCUCGUGCCGCAAACUUUCUCCGAAGAGAGACUCCCAGAUAUGCCGAGGAUGACCUGCCGCCAAGAGCGUCAUAACAGCAAAAGGUUCCACGCCCGCAGUCCCGGGCAACAGAUAAUGUGGGCAAGGAAAUGCUUCGACGACAAACAGCACUGAAGUUCAGUAUCUCUUCAAAAAUUUUCAUUUUACUUCCAUUUGUGUCCAAACAUAAUCUCCACGUUUCUGGUGCUAAUAUCCAUUCGAUCAUGUAUACUAAGUAGCUAUAGGCAAAAUCCAGGUAUCAU